AUGGGUGAUUCUUCUUACUCCGAUUAUGUUGAUAAAGACAACAUCACAUCAACUGUACCAUCGAGAGUAUUAUGUCCCAAUGACUCCAUCAACUGUUCGACUGUACAUGAAAGAGAUGAAGAUCUGGCUAAGAUAGAGAUGGCAACACUAGCUGUUAUGUUUGUGAUGACCGUUGUUGGAAAUGGAGCUGUGCUUGCUGCACUUUUUGCGAGGCGUCAGUCAGCUACUCGUACUAAAGUACCGAGGAUGAAUUUUUUCAUGCUUCAUCUUUGUGUGGCUGAUAUGUGUACAGCAUGGCUCAAUAUACUUCCUCAACUGGCAUGGGAGGUAACAUUUCGCUUCAAAGGAGGAGAAUUUCUUUGCAAAUCUGUGAAAUUUGGACAAACAUUAGGCCCCUAUUUAAGCUCUUAUGUCUUGACAGUAACUGCAUUGGACAGGUAUCAAGCAAUUUGUCACCCUCUCACUUAUUGCUCUUGGAGUUCUAAAAGAGCAAGAGCAAUGAUAAUGGGUGCAUGGGCACUCUCAAUAACCUUUUGUACCCCACAACUCACCAUUUUUUCAUACCAAGAAGUAGCACCUGGUGUUUUCGAUUGUUGGGCAGUCUUUAGUCAGCCAUAUGGUGAACGAGUUUAUGUCACAUGGUUAGUUUAA